AUGUUUGGUCGUGUGCUGCGUAACCCCAAGCUCCUGUCGCUGCCAGCGUGCCAGAAAGCGCAAGUGCGCCGCUUGAACUUGCAUGAGUUCCAGUCAUUGGAUAUUAUGAAGGGAUUUGGGGUGGCUACGCCUCAGGGUAUACCAGCCAAUACGCCAGAGGAGGCCAAAGCCGCCUUCAGUAAGAUUCGUGGUGAUCGUGAGGGUGUGGAUGUCGUGAUCAAGGCACAGGCGCUUACGGGUGGACGUGGCCUUGGUACGUUCAAGAAUGGGUUCAAGGGCGGUGUACACAUGUGCACGAAGCCCGAACAGGCUGAAGAGUUUGCCAAGAAGAUGUUGGGUGAGACACUUGUUACCAAGCAGACAGGCGAGAAGGGCAUUGAGGUGGCCAAGGUCUUCCUUAUGGAACGUGUGUGGAUGCGCCGAGAAAUGUACUUUUCGAUCCUUAUGGACCGCGCGUCGGAGGGCCCUGUAAUGGUGGCCUCGCCCGCUGGUGGAACUUCCAUUGAAGAUGUUGCUGAGGCGACACCUGAGCUCAUCUUCAAGGAGAUCGUGGACAUCUCUACUGGUCCUACGGAUGCGCAGGUGUCGCGUCUUGCUAAGGCCCUGGGGGGUGAGGGCGACGUCCUCAAGAAGAUUGAGACUCAGAUCAGGAACCUGUACAACAUGUUUAUUGGCGUGGACGCCACGCUCGUGGAGAUCAACCCUCUGGCCGAGACCCGUGAGGGCGAGAUUUUUGCUUGUGAUGCUAAACUUAACUACGAUGACAACGCCGCCUUCCGUCACAAGGAAAUCUUUGCCAAGCGCGACAAGACCCAGGAGGAUUCGCGUGAGGUGGAAGCUAGCGCAUACGACCUCAAUUACAUCGGGCUGGAUGGCAACAUCGGCUGCCUUGUAAACGGAGCUGGUCUCGCAAUGGCCACUAUGGACAUCAUCUCACUGUACGGCGGCUCGCCUGCCAACUUCCUUGACGUUGGAGGAGGCGCUUCUGAGGAGCAGGUGAAGAAAGCGUUUGAGAUCUUGGACGGCGAUGACCAGGUCAAGUCAAUCUUGGUGAACAUUUUCGGUGGAAUCAUGCGUUGCGAUGUGAUUGCUGCCGGCAUUGUGGCUGCUGCCAAGGACUUGGGCUUGAAGAAGCCGGUCAUUAUCCGUCUGCAAGGUACCAACGUGGAGCCUGCGCGCAAGAUAAUCGCUGAGUCGGGCAUCAAGAUGAUUGUGGCCGACGACUUGGAGGACGCGGCCGAGAAGGCUGUUAAGAUCGCCGACAUUGUCGCACAGGCGGAGCAGGUCAAGAUUGGUGUGGAAUUCGAGGCGUAA